GGUUCAGCGGUGUAGGUCUGCCGGUCACGCUGCUAUCGGUCCGAUGGCGCCGCUCGGCCGCGCUCCGGCGGCGGGCGCGGCCAGGUCACGGCGCCGAGUUCACUGGCCGUCCAGCCGGGCGGAGAGGCGCCGCCGGGCGCGCACCGGUCCGCCGCGCGACCGGUGCCAACAGCAGACGUCCAGCCGAGACCAGACCGGGCGCACGGAGGCAGACGGGCGGCCGCCCAGCACAGCUGACCGCAGGGCCGGCCAGACCAGGCUGCCUGCCAGUUGCCACCUUGACCGUGCCUUGACCCAGCUGCCGACCUCAGCGGCACCCGGCUCGCCGCUCGGCGGUGUCCUGGUGUGACGUCACUGUCCUGAGCGGACGCAGCGGGCCCGGUGACCCAGUGAGACAAGCGCAGUCAGCGUGGACAGCCCGAGCGCGACCUCAGGCAGAUCGCCCGUCGCCAGCUAGUGCUCCGUGACCCACGCCGCGCAGGGCGCUCCGUGUAGCGCUCCGUGAAUCGCUCCGUGACGUGCUCCGUGACUCUCUGCGUGACGUGCCCCGUGACGCGGCCAGGACCUGUUCCGUGCCGCGCUCCGUGACGCGGUCGGGGGCGCGUCCGUGACAGGUAUCCGUGAAGCCCGGCGGGUGGGCGGCGCGGUGUCACGAGCGAUGGCCAACCCGGACUCGUGGGUGCGCUCCGGGUACUCGGUGUUCUGGUCGCGGCCCGGCGCCGGCUCGCACGACUACCAGCCGCUGGGCGCCACCCGACGGCCGCGGCCGCGCCGGCUGCGCGGCUGGCAGCCGCUGGCCGUGCUCCUGGUGCUGGCCGUGCUGGGGCUCAGCACGCUCGGCCUGGUGGCGCACCGGCCGGCCGCCUCUCUCGGCGUCAGGAAGGGCUCCUCCGGCGUAAGGAUGGCGCUCAGCGGCGAGGGACAGGGCGAUGUCGCCACUCAGGGAGAGGCGCACGGGCCAGUUGACGUGUCAGGUCCAAUGGAGGCUCCGGGACCGAUCAGCGACUCGGAGGGCAGCGAGAAACAGUCACCGGCGCCGGGAGACGGAGAACGCCACCAGCCCAAGGGUGGACGGCCAGCGGCGCGAGCGGCAGAGCAACUGGCCCCUCCCGCUGAACGGGAGCGGCCGCAGCCGACGAAGACGGCCCAGGAAAGACGGCCCGACGGAGACGCUGGUGGCGAAUCAGGCACUUCUAGCACCGAUAAGGAAGCCGGUCCGAGUGAGGUGCUGGUCGUGCUCGGUUCACCCGCCGCCGGCGACACUACCCUCGAUGCGUCUGGAAAUACCAGUCCAGUUCAGGGAGACUGACCACAGUCGGUGAAUAGCGGCAACGGCACCCGUUCAAUACCAUUCAGCUAUAUGAAGAUAUCCAUAGAUCAGGUCGUCCCCUGCCCACAGGCACCAGGAUCUCAUCCAGAUGGCAUUGAUGUACGCCGCUGAUGCACGGCAUCAUGUGACGCUCGCCGUAUACCGAGCCAUCUUGUUAUGGAAUGGAUAUCGAACGGUUGGGUCCAGGACACUGUCGUCCCUACUGCCGUGCGUUUCUGGGAAACGAUAGGAAUCUGAACUGUGAUUUGUAUGGCUAAAACCACUUCUCGUGGUUCGAGAGCCCCACAGACGUGCACAUUUAUGUAAAUGUUUAUGUCAUUAGUAAUACAUUGCUAUUGUA